AUAGCAAGUGUAUUCAAACUGCGGCUUCCCUAAAUUAGCUUCUUUUUUUGUUUACGUUGUAAAAUCUCAUCAGGGUUUUAAAUAUCUUUUUCCUUUCUUUUUGAAGAAGCAGUUUAUUAUUAAUUGCUUAUCUCUGGAAACUCUACGGAAUGAAUCCAUGAGUAUCUCCACAAAGACCCAAUUACAUUCACAAAUUCAACCUGAUUUACGAGCCGCUACCAAGUGCCCUUCCUGCCAUUGGAUCGCCACCGCUGCGCACCUGAGGCCGCCGCCUGAUAAGAGGAAUCCGAACCGGACCGUCUGCUCUAGAUGGCUAGAUAAGGCCUUUGUGUGUUUUGUUUUCUCCCGGUGGUGUUGCUGGAGUGCCCCAGGCCCAGGUUUAGUUGGUGAAACAACGCCACGCAGCAUGGGCCACACGAAACAGAACCCCGCACGGCAGCUACUGAUCCUGAUCCUGGGAUCUGGACUCCUCCUAGCCGGAGUUAGGGGUGAUUACGGCGACUUGGCUGGCAAUUGGCUGGUGGACUUCGGGGGCCAGACGGAGCUGCGACUGUCGGAGGGCGAAAGCCAUCAGCUAACGUUGCACAUAACCAAUGUUAGGCUGGUGGAUCCAAGCACUGACUAUACUUUUUAUGUGUACUCAAAGGACGAGGCGAAAGCCGCGUCUUUGGUCACCGUGAGGAAGGAGGAGUUCGAUGCCUCGGGCAGCUGGCAGGGUCCGGUGGAGGUGAGAGGCGUACGCUUUGGGUACAGCGUCCUGCUGGUGGAUCUGGCGUUGGCUGCUGAUGUUAAAGAGUCCUAUCCGAGUCCCCUGCCCCUGGCGGUCCUCCGAUCUCGCGUGGUAGACGAGCGCGUUACCACAUACGUGUCUGCAGCCUUGGCCCUGCUUAUGUUCCUCAAUCUGGGCACCGUGCUGGAUCUGCAUCGGCUGGCCGGGAUUGUCUGCCGGCCUGUUGGGCCAGUGGUCGGUGUGGUCAGCCGUUAUGCCAUAAUGCCCGCUCUGGGAUUCGGCCUGGGCCGUGCUCUGUGGCCCGGCCAGUGGCCACUGCAGCUGGCGCUCUUCUACUCGGCUCUGGCGCCGAGCGGCGGUCUGGCCAACAUCUGCACGGUAUUCCUCAAGGGUAAUGUGAACCUAUCGGUGGCCACCACCACCAUCAACAGUCUGCUGGCAUUGGCCUUCCUGCCCCUGUGGAUCCUGGUGCUGGGGAGGCUGCUCUACGAGGAUGAUGAGCUGGCGGUGCCAUUCGGUGAACUAUCCGGCGGAGCGGCUGCUUUGGUGGCCUGCCUGGCCAUUGGCAUAAUGCUGCGCCUGUGCGUGCCCAAGACAACGCGACUCAUCUUCCGCUUCCUGAAGCCGCUGUCGGUGGUGCUCAGUCUGUGUCUGGUGGGUCUGACGGUGGGCCUGAACUGGUUCGUCUUUCUGGAGUUUACCUGGCAGGUUCUGGUGGCUGCCUUGUGCCUGCCCCUGGCUGGCUACCUGGCCACUUACCUUCUGUCAAAGAUCCUCUGCCGCACUGGGACCGAUGCCCUCACCCUGGCCAUUGAGACCAUUGUCCUUAACAUGACCAUGCCCAUUGUCCUGCUGCAGUCCAGCCAGCUGGAGCAGCCACAGCUGGAUCUUGUGCUUGUGGUGCCCAUUGCCUCCUCGCUGUUCUCCCUGCUGCUGGUCAUCGGGUUCUAUGGGGUGCGUCGUUGCCUGGGCCGGAAUAAGCGACAGGAUGAGGAUGGCUUUGAUCACAAGCAACUGAUGGCGGACCAGGAGAGCGAGAGUACCGCCGUCUACCAGCAGCAGUCCUGAGGCGUUUCCUAGUCUUACAACUUGGCGAAUUAUUUAAUUUAAUUUAUUAAAUAUUAAUUAAGUU